UUUAGAAAUUUUCGAGGUAUAAAAGCUGAGAAAAAUUUAGUCUAACCAUCAUUCAACCGUCUUAGGUAGAAAUAACUACAAUGGCAUUCAAAUUCGUAACUUUCGCUGCACUUUUGGCUAUUGCCAAUGCUGGAGUACUUCCAGUUCAAUAUGGAUACGCACCAACUCAAUACGUCCAUCAAUCGGCCCCAUUGUUGUACACCGCUCCAGUAACCAAGCCCCUGGUGGAGUACGUGGACAAUGAAUUCGACCAUCAUCCUCAAUACAGCUUCAACUACGGAGUCCAAGAUCCCCUAACUGGUGACUCUAAAUCUCAACAUGAAGUGAGAAACGGAGAUGCUGUUAAAGGAAGCUACAGUCUCGUUGAAGCUGACGGAACUCGUCGUGUUGUUCAUUACACCGCUGACGAUGUCAAUGGAUUCAACGCCGUUGUUGAGAAGGAACCCGCACAUUACGCAGUUAAAACCGUCGCUCCAGUAGUCCACGCUCCAGUAGUACACACACCAGUCGUACACGCUGCACCAGUUUACGCUGCAGCUCCAGUUGCAUACAAACAACACGUCGCUUACUCCAACGGUUACGAUCACUCUGCAUACAACCAUUUCGUAACUUUCGCUGCACUUUUGGCUAUUGCCAAUGCUGGAGUACUUCCAGUUCAAUAUGGAUACGCACCAACUCAAUACGUCCAUCAAUCAGCCCCAUUGUUGUACACCGCUCCAGUAACCAAGACCCUGGUGCAGCACGUGGACACUGAAUUCGACCAUCAUCCUCAAUACAGCUUCAACUACGGAGUCCAAGAUCCCCUAACUGGUGACUCUAAAUCUCAACAUGAAGUGAGAAACGGAGAUGCUGUUAAAGGAAGCUACAGUCUCGUUGAAGCUGACGGAACUCGUCGUGUUGUUCAUUACACCGCUGACGAUGUCAAUGGAUUCAAUGCCGUUGUUGAGAAGGAACCCGCUCAUUACGCAGUUAAAACCGUCGCUCCAGUAGUCCACGCUCCAGUAGUACACACACCAGUCGUACACGCUGCACCAGUUUACGCUGCAGCUCCAGUUGCAUACAAACAACACGUCGCUUACUCCAACGGUUACGAUCACUCUGCAUACAACCAUUACUAAUUGUAAAAUUGUAUAUUACACAUUUUGAUAAUGUCUUUUUUACAACCGAAAAUUAUGUACAUGUAGAAUAAAUAUAAUUCAUAAUUAAA